AUGGAGCGGGACAAGUGUUUCCACUUCAAGUUAAUGGUGCCUCCCAGAGUGAACCCAGGACAGAUUUCAGCUGUGAAACCUCAGGAAUCCGUUGACGAUUUUGGAGUCAUAAACACCGCACAACAGGGUUACAGUAAACAAUUUGACAAAGAGACUCACUUUACCAUCCCCAUUACAAAUAUGGGUUCCACUAAACCUAAAGCAGAAAAAGUAGAGACUAAAGGCACAUCUGGAAAGUUAUAUUCAAAACUCUUUGAUGAAGUUGAGAAAAUAAAGUGUUGGAAAGUCCAAGUAGACUCUGAGACGGUGCAAAGAGAAAGAAAACUGCAAGAAAACAAAAUAACUAUUGAAACGCAGCGCAAAGCCAUCCAGGACUUACAGUUUGGAAAUGAAAGUCUCAGCAGUAAACUGGAAGAACAGAUCAGUGAAAACGAGGAUCUGAGGAAUAAAAAUAAUGCAACACGCAAUUUGUGUAACAUCCUGAAGGAUACGUUCCAGAGAUCAGCAGACAAGAUGCAUUUGUUUGAGUCUGAAAGAGAGGAGACACAUCAACUCUUUAUAGAAAACAGGGAGAAUAUUCAGAGGAUGAUAGCUGCUUUUGAGAGCCUUCGGCUGCAAGCACAGUUUGACCGUUGUGAAAUGCAAAAAGUUAAAGAGGGAUUGCUACAGUUUGACAAUCUGAAGGAAAAGUUUGGGGAAGAAAUUAAGAUGAAGGAACAAGAGGUUAGUCAGCUUCAAGCGGCCCUGAAGGAGAAGGAGAAGGAGCUGCAGGCCAUCCUCCUCCACCUGCAGGAAGCACAGGAGAGCUGCCAACAUCUGCAGCAGGCCGCACCAGAGCUGCACCAGGGAGAGCUUCACAGCUCUCACCAAGAGCGCCAGGCUCUGUCAGAGGAGCUACGCAACGCAGAAGAACUUCUCAAAGAAAGCGAGGUCAGGACUUUGAAAUAUGUUUCUGGAUGAAAUAGAAAAGCAAUUUCCACGGCGCUGGAGCAGAACAAAGAGGAGACUGCCCAGAUCGUCCUCCAGAAAGACGCCAGCCUAGAAGAGCUCCACCAGACUAGGGCUGCUCAAGAAGGCCAGCUGGCCCAGGCUCAGGCCACCGUGCAGGAGCUCCAGACCUGCCUGGCACGGGAGACAGAGAGGGCGAAUGAGCUGGAAGUAAAGAUGGUCUCCGUCUCUGAGGAGCUGCAGGAGAAGAGGAUCCAGGCAGGAGAAAUGAAUAAACAGAACGAAGAGAAAGAUGGACAGAUACAAGUACUUGAGGAGGAACUGGAUGUGAAAUCUAAAUCCAUCGAGUCACUGAGGGAGAAGUUAGAAGCUGCUGAGAGACAAGCUAUGCUGCUGUCGUCUGAGCUGGCAGGGAAGAGUGACCAAUUCCAGCGUUACCAGACCAAAGUACAGAUCCUGGAGACCGAGAAGACCUUACUGGAGAAGGCACUUCAGGAAGCUGAGAAGGCCCACAGCGAUCUGAGGAACAAGACACAGGCCCAAACCCAGGAAAUGGAAGAACAGCUGUCUGUUGCCAUGACAAUAAACAAAAGGUCCACCAAGGAGAUAGAGCAGCUGCAAGGAGACGUAGCACAGCAGGAGGUGAAAUAUGACAAGCUGUUGGUGAGUUUUAAUGAGCUGCAACUUGAGAAGAAGACGGUUCAAGAGCAGGCUGAGAACAAAUGUUUCCAAACCAAGACCCUGGAGGCUUGCCUGAAGGAGAGUGAAGCGAGAGGCACAGAGAUCUCAAAGGAAAUCGAAGCGCUUGAAGAUCAAAACCAUCAGCUACGGGAGGAGGUGAGCUCUUUGAGCUCCAGGCUGGAAGAACAAGGUCAAGGAGCAGAGAACCUGCAGAAGAAACUUGAUGAAAGCUGUGGAGAUCUGCAGGUGGAAAUCAACAGGAAGGAGAAGCACAUCAGAGCCAUGGAGACCAAGCUUUCCAGCCUGAAGACUAAGUUGGACACGAAAAACAAGCAUCAGGAGGAAUAUCAGAAAGAGGCUGAAAUGCUCAAAAAACAGGUCGCCAAAGAGGCAGAAAGAUCUUUUCAGCUGGAAAGUGAGAUCAACCAACUGAAAGAAACAGCAGAAAUUCUUCAGAAGUCCAGCAAGGAGAAACAUCAGGAACUGCUCGAUGAAGUCGCUGCCAAGUCAUCUUCUGAAGCAGAGCUGCAGAAAGAGGUGCAGGAUCUGAAGCUCACAGCUGGCGAGGCCGCGAGGAGCAGGGAGGAUGUGGAGAUCAAGUGUCAACACAAGAUCGCAGACAUGGUUGCCCUGAUGGAAAAGCACAAAAACCAGUACGACAAGAUGCUGGAAGCGAAAGACGUCGAGCUGAAGGAGAAGAAAAGGAGCGUCGCGGAGGCAGACGCCAGCAGAACCACCCUGAAGCUGCAGUUGGAGCAGAGCAACACAGAGAACGACAGGCUGAAGAAUCAUCUGGACCAAGAAACGAAGGCGGGGGAGAAGUUGAUGCAGAAGAUCGCUGAACUGAGAGAAGAAUUGGCAUCUGUGAAAACCAGUCCAUCCAACCUACUACCCAAGACUCCGAGCAAGCAGGUGUCUGAACCAGCCUCAGCUUCUGAGGGGAGGUGUUGGGACACUCCCGAGAGACUGGCCAUCAAGAGGAACGGUUUGGAUUUCUCCAAAACCAAACAGAAAACCCCGUCCCAGAGCGCCGCUAAAGUACAGGCCUCUACUCCUGCUCUCAGAGAAACCAAGAGUGGUGUCCUCCAGACUCCGUCAUGGAGUUAUGGAACCAGAGUCGGGGAGACCCCUCGCAUUAAGUCCUACAGAAUCCGGACCCCCCCCUCGACUCAGAAGGCUGGACCCUGGAGCCAGACCACGCUGGAGCUGGACCCCAAGUCUGACAGCUCGGAGCACGCUGACCUGCUGGUGAACAAACGAGCUAGCCUCCCUACCUCCUCCCAGCCCACACCCUGGUCUAAACUCCACGUGUUUAAGAAGAAUCAAAGCCCUGCUGUUCAGAAGUCCCCAGGAAACGCCUUGAAGCUGGCAGCCAUGAAGAGGAUGAGAGAUGCAGGCUGGACCGCCGUCACAGGCUCCCACAAGAAGAAGAAGGCAGCAGAGAAGAUCUUUGCAUAGAAAGGGU